AUGGGCAAAGAAAAAUCUGAGAAGAAGGACAAGAAGGAGAAGAAGGAAAAGCGAAGCGAGGUUGACGGCGUGAAGAAGUCCAAGAAGGAAAAAAAAUCAAAGCUCACUAGCGACAACAUAGCUGCAGCGAUUGAGGAAGUCAGCAAAGAGACUGCAGAGUCAAAGGAAGUCGAAGUCAAGGCUGUGACCGAUGGGGAGGUUGUGGUAACUGCCCGACCUGUGGGUGCUUUGGUACCUUUUGCGAACCCAUUGGCCGAUGAGAAGGUCACGAAAAAGGUUCUCAAGAGCGUGAAGAAAGCGGCAAAGAACAAGACCCUCAAGCGCGGAGUCAAGGAGGUUGUCAAGGCGCUGCGGAAAUCUCCUCAGGGCGCGGGCAACACCUCUGUGCCGGGCAUCGUGAUCCUCGCGGCUGAUAUCUCGCCCAUGGAUGUCAUCUCACAUAUCCCCGUCCUCUGCGAGGACCACAACAUCCCGUAUAUCUACGUCUCCAGCCGUGCAGAAUUAGGCGCUGCAGGAAACACCAAACGGCCAACGAGUGUGGUCAUGGUAUCCGAGACGAGGACAGGCCCGAAGAAGGCGGAGAAGAUUGAGGGCGAGGAGGAAUUCGCCGAAGUGUAUAAGGAUCUGGUGAAGGUAGUCGAGAAAGAGUCGAGAAACGUGCGGAUCUAG